AUGCAGCUCAACCUAGGGAUAACCGCUGACGCUGCUGCUGCGCAUCGACACGAGUACUCGGCCUCCCCAGAUGCACAAUCGGGAGCCUCUGCUUUCUUUCCAUCCGCACGAUCGAUAUUGUCUCUAGGAUUUGCUUCCCUGACGAAGCAGGGAGGGACUCCCUUUUCAAGCUCUGAAAGUUCGACACCUAUGGCGCAGAAUAACACAUAUCACAGCAUUGUACCAUCAUCAUCAGUGAUAUUUCAGGAGCCCGUUUCCACCGAAGAGACCGCCGGACAUGUUGAAUCAGACUCGGACAGUCCUGGCACCAGUGGGAAUAUCAGCCCCCCUUCCAGUCCUUCUAAAAAGCAGUCACCUCGUUCUAGGACUGUCCUUCGUUUUGCCCAUCCUCCACCAACUACUCGACAUAAAAGGCUGAGGAUUCGUCCCCGGCUACUACUCCAACUCCAACAGGUCUCAAAUACUACCCGCCCUAUCUCAACUCUUGAUGUCAUUCCAUCUUCUCUCUUCAAGGCCCGUUCUCCACGCAAACUACCUGGCGCCUUUGCAGGUCGAGACCGUGCUUGCACGGCUGAUCUUAUCAUCGUUCCAAGCGAUACAUACGAGCCAUCCUAUACUGGUGAUGACGACAAGAGCAUACGGAACGAAUCAUCAAACGAGCUCCGGGAGCCAAUUGCCACGAUAUCCCAGCUUCGCAAAGAGGAUGCGAAGUCUAAGAGCAAUGUCGAAAUCUACUUGACCAAUGGCCUACGCUGGACAUCAGAGUUUCUGCCCAAGGGCGGCUACGGAUUUACUGCUACAGAUGAGCAUGGAAUUAAAUUGUGCGUGCGCUGGGUCGUUCGCGGUCGAAGGAACCGUAGCUCCUCUAUUCAAGGGGGCGGUCGACAGUCGCCCAGCCCAGACGACGGGAAACGACUUACCUUUAGCAUUAUUGAUCCGCAAACUCGUCGUCAUCCGAUUAUAGGUUGGAUAUGUCGUACUGGAAUUGAAGUACUAGAUCAAGAAUCCCUCUUAUCUAUAUACGCCAAUCGCAAACCCGACAUUCCAGGCUCUCCCCCAGGCGAACCCAUACCGAAACAUAGCCCUGUCGAAAUCAACGAUAAAAUCCAGCGACUAAUCACCAUCACCGGGAUCUGGGUCGCGUUUCAGGAAGGAUGGGCUGGAAACCCACACGUUACAUAUAGUGAACCCUCCACUAAUAGCCACAACACCAGCCCACUCCCGUCUCCAAGUGCUGUGGUAUCCGCAGAACGCUCUCCAGACGCUGGCGUUGGAGAUAUACAGACAGACGACCUUCCCGAUCGCAACAAUAAUCGCCAGUCUUUAAAAUCACGCAUCCGCCAGAAGGGACGGCGCUCUACGGCUCCCCAUCCCCGCCCGUCAUCACAGAAACCUCCCACACGUAGGAGCUGCUCUGAUGAUGGCGUCGGUAAAGAGAGCUACCCUUCAACUCCUAUACAUGCAAGGUCAUGUAGCAUGCUUUGCACAGGGGCCCAAGAAUCAUCACCCCCAAAUCACCCCCACCGACCAGUUGCGUUCCAGGAUCUAACCGACCAUGAAACGUCCGACGAGACAAACUAUCAUGAUGAUAAUGAAUCUCAUUCUCUCCCAGGGCCGGCCCCAGGACACAGCAAUAGAAACUCAACUCAUACAGCUACCAGCCCGAUAUCCGGCUCUAGCGCUUCUCGCCGAGACCUAACACCGACUCCAGAUCAAUCAGUCACCUCUUCGGCAGGGAGCAAAGAUAGAAGAAGGCGGUGGAAGUUCGGAGACCUGCUUGAUGGGGUCCGGGUUAAAAAAGGUGUCAAAACCGCAAACCAAUAA